AUCAAGAGCUUGUUGUUCCCCACGCUACCUAAGCCCCGAAACAAAUCACUUUCCCCUUGUAAAUGUCCUCCGCCUCACCCUUUCUAAAGUCAACUUAAAUGGCCACCCCAUUCAACCUAACACUCACCUCAGCCAGCACUGGCACUACCAGUUUCCCACCGUCACCCACCUCCUCGAACCACCAAUUCUCGAGUGUCACCGACGAAGGUUACGAGCUCCGCACCCUAUCUCGGGCUCCCACCGCGGCCGACGAAGAAGAAGAUGGCGACAAUGAAGACAGCGAGCGCGGGGCGUUGAUCCCCGACCGGGGGUCUAAAUGGCGGGGUGGGCUCAUAGAACCUGAGGACGUGUUGUAUGAGACUUUCCAGGAGAGUGAGGGAGAGGGAGGGGAGGAAAACUCUAUGGAAAUACAGAGGCGGGAGAGAAGACGGGGGAAGAAGGAGUUCUUCUACAGCGCUGCGCAGGAGAGAGCUGUUGUUCGCCGGUUGGAUUGGUACCUUGUGCUGUUUCUAGCCGUCUUGUAUAUGUUGAGUUUUUUGGAUCGAAGUAACAUUGGGAAUGCACGGAUCGCCGGGAUGACAGAGGAUUUGAAUCUUGAAGGUGGCAACUACGAGUGGCUGCUUACGGCCUUUUACAUCACCUACAUUUCAUUCGAGUGGAUGACACUCUGCUGGAAAGUCUUCCCAGCGCACAAAUACAUUGCCACCUGCGUCGCCGGCUGGGGCUUCGUGGCUUGCAUGCAAGGGUUGGCAGUCGGUUGGGGCACCAUGCUUGUUCUACGUGCCUUACUGGGCAUCACAGAAGCUGCUUUUGGGCCAGGUGUACCAUUUUAUCUAUCGUUUUUCUACCGCCGUGAGGAGUUAGCCCUCCGUACAGGCCUCUUCAUUUCCGCAGCUCCAUUAGCAACCGCGUACGGAGGGUUCUUAGCAUACUGGAUUACGUCCAUACCCUCUCCUAUCGCCCCCUGGCGACUGCUCUUUAUACUCGAGGGUUUCCCAUCAAUAGUCAUGGCUGUAAUCUCGUAUUAUCACAUUCCAGACUCCCCGGCUGACGCUGGGUUCUUGACGCUUGAGCAAAAGAAGAUCGCCAGGCGGCGAUUGCUGGUUGUUAGGGAUGGUGAUGGAGAUGAGGAGGAAGUUAUUAUGGGCGAGGAGGAAGGCCGUGGUGUACGAUGGGGACAGGUUUGGAAUGCGAUAAAGGAUGUGGGGAAUUGGGUCACUGCGUUUAUGUAUUUCUUUUGUAACGUCUCGUUCUCAUCCCUGCCUGUGUUUCUACCGACUAUACUUAAAGACAUGGGCUACACCUCCAUCCACGCCCAAGCACUCUCCGCACCCCCCUAUCUCUUCGCCUUCUUCCUAGUCCUCCUCUCAACCUAUCUCUCUGACCGCCUCCGCAGCCGCUCCUACCCAAUCCUAAUCCUCAGCCUAAUAGCCUCCCUCGGGUACCUCACCCUAGCCGCAACCUCCCACAUCCAAUCCUCGCUAAACGCGGCGGGCGCCCUCGCGGUUAACUAUGUCUCCAUCUUCCUCGCUGCCGGUGGCGUAUUCUCGGCGAUCGCCCUGGUAAUGGUAUGGAACGUGAAUAAUAGCGAGAGUGAGAGUGGCCGCGGCACGGGAAUGGCGAUAUUACAGGUUGUUGGUCAGUGUGGGCCGUUGCUGGGGACUAGGUUGUAUCCGGAGGAUGAGGGGCCGUAUUAUGUUCGCGGAAUGGCGGUGUGUGGUGCUGCGAUGGCGGCCGUUGUGCUGCUCGUUGGGGUGCAGAGGUGGAGACUCAAUAGGGCGAAUAGAGAGAGGGAUAGGAAGGAGGCUAAGGAGGGGAGGGUGGGCAGAGGGUGGAGGUUUAUGCUUUAGCAUUCUUUCACAGAUCUACUGGUUUCUUUUUAGCAGGGGGAGGUGUAUAUAUAUGAACCAUCUUUGGUGUUCGUUCUAUGGCACCUUCCUUGUUUCUUUGCGAUACAUGAAAUACUAGAGCUUUAUCACUGGUUACAGAAAAAA